AUGGCAUCGGGAUUCCUGGCUCCGCGGUCGAAAGAAAGAGCCUACGUCACAGUAAGCGGCGACGGUGAUGGCCAGGAGCCGCUCUACAUCUGCCGCAACUUCGACAACUUCGACAAGGAUGUGCUUCAGGGGCGCCUGAACACCAGGGGCUGGGUGUACCAGGAGCGAGCCCUGGACCGCCGGACCAUCUUCUUCACCAAACAGAUCGCCCGUGGCAGUGCAGGGGCUGGAAAGCCGGCUUCUCCGGCCCUGGGGGCUCGCGGCGGCGGCCUGGGCAUUACCGACGGCGGGCGCGGGCUCCUGAGGUGCAGCCGUCUUUGUGUCCGCAAGGAGGGCGAUAAUGCGGACGGCUCGCCGAAUCAGAUGGUCCCAGUCUCCGAGGUCAAGGUGACUUCCUGGUCCUGGAUGUCGUACAUGGGGCAGAUCGACUACCUGAUGCCCGCCCUCGGGCGGGGAGUGGGAAAGCCUGCGCAUGAGCUCGUAUAUUGA